ACUCUGUUUUCUUGGAAAGUGUCUUCACUCUCUCUCUCUCGCCCUUUCCCUUCGAAACGACUCUCUCUCUCUCUCAAGCCCGAGAGCCAAAGGGGAACAGCCUUCGUAGGUGUCAUUAGCCUCACAGAUCCGCCAUUUAGGAGUAGAUCUGAACCCCCCGAUCUUCCCACCGUGGAUUCCAGCCCUUGACCUCAUUCAUGAAUCGAGAUUUAGGGUUCCUGUGAAAAUAUUUUCUGCCACUUGGGUUUUCUAUCUACUCAUUCCAGGUUAGCUUGCUUCAUCUAAUGUCUACAUUUCCGGUUAAUGUGAUCAUGUGGAUGGCAAGUUUUUCUGCCUGGACCUCUAUGCCUUUUGGGUCCUCCCAUGACUAUGCUGUUGAUUUUGUGGCGAAUAAUUGAGAAGGCGGUGGUAUCAAUGUAGUGUUUUCACAUGUCAUAUGAGAUGCAGUGCAAUACACUGAAGCUGCUCUAUGUGUUGAUGAGCAUUUUUGGAAGAUAAAAAGCGCUGCAUUUAUUUAGUAUAUUUAGAGGAAGUUCAGAAACCACAUAUUAGAAUGGGGCGUCCAAAGCUUCAGACUGGUAUUAAGGCAAUAGAGGAAGAGCGUAGUGAAGACUGUGAAUGCACGUCUAAUAGAGGGGCUCUUGCCUGUAUGGUGAACUCAGAAGUUGGGGCUGUAUUGGCAGUGAUGAGAAGAAAUGUUAGAUGGGGUGGUCGUUAUAUGGCAGGAGAUGACCAGUUGGAACACACCUUAGUUCAGUCUCUUAAAGCAUUGAGGAGGCAGAUCUUCUCAUGGGAUCAGAAUUGGCAAUCAAUUAACCCAGCUGUUUACCUCAAACCAUUUUUGGAUGUGAUUAGAUCUGAUGAAACUGGUGCCCCCAUCACAGGAGUUGCUUUAACUUCUGUUUACAAGAUUCUAUCCCUUGAGAUAUUUGAUCUAAAUACAGUGAAUGUAGAAGAAGCAAUGCAUUCGAUAGUGGAUGCAGUGACAAGUUGUCGAUUUGAGGUGAUAGAUCCUGCCUCUGAAGAGGUGGUAUUAAUGAAGAUACUCCAAGUUCUUUUGGCUUGCAUGAAGAGUAAGGCAUCAGUGGUUUUGAGUAACCAGCAUGUGUGUACCAUAGUGAAUACAUGCUUUCGUAUAGUUCAUCAAGCCGGAACCAAAGGGGAGUUGUUGCAAAGAAUAGCUCGACACACGAUGCAUGAGCUCAUUAGGUGUAUUUUUGCACAUUUGCCGGAUAUUGAGUGCACGGAAGGGAGUUCGUUGAGUAAUGGGAAUGCCGCAUUUAUCAAAUCUGAUGCCCUGGUGGGUGAGAAAGAUUACACUUUUGUCUCUAAGAAAUCAGAAAAUGGAAAUGGGAGUCUUGAUCCUGAAAACCCGCCAGUCUCAGUUGGGUUUGCUACUAAUGCUUCAGGGAACUCGGUGGCAAGUUUGGCUGAUGAUAAUGUGAUAGGAAUUGGGAGCAGUAAUGAUGGGGCAAGUGAUGGUCAUCUUAUGACUGAGCCAUAUGGUGUUCCAUGCAUGGUGGAGAUAUUCCAUUUCUUGUGUUCCCUACUCAAUUUCGGUGAGCACGUUGGGAUGGGGCAGAGGUCAAACACCAUAGCAUUCGAUGAAGAUGUGCCACUAUUUGCUUUGGGCUUAAUAAACUCUGCAAUUGAAUUGGGGGGCCUUGCAAUAGAACGCCAUGCCAAGCUAUUGUCGCUGAUACAAGAUGAGCUCUUUCGAAAUCUCAUGCAGUUUGGAUUGUCAAUGAGCCCACUGAUUCUCUCGAUGGUAUGCAGUGUGGUGCUCAAUCUGUAUCACCAUUUGCGAACAGAGUUGAAGCUUCAGCUUGAGGCUUUCUUCUCGUGUGUGAUAUUGAGGCUGGCACAAAGCAGGUAUGGGGCUUCAUAUCAGCAGCAGGAGGUGACCAUGGAGGCCCUUGUCGAUUUUUGCAGGCAAACCUCGUUCAUGUCUGAGAUGUAUGCAAACUUUGAUUGUGACAUCACUUGCACCAAUGUUUUUGAAGACCUUGCAAACCUUUUAUCCAAGAGUGCCUUCCCUGUAAAUUGCCCUCUAUCUGCCAUGCAUAUUCUUGCUUUAGAUGGCUUGAUUGCAGUUAUUCAGGGUAUGGCUGAGAGGGUUGGCUCCUCUCAAUCUUUAGAGCAGGGAAUAGUAGGAGAUCUUGAAGAAUAUAAUCCUUUCUGGACAGUGAAGUGUGAGAACUAUAGUGAUGCUUCUCAAUGGGUGGGCUUUGUGCGUCGAAGGAAGUUCAUAAAGAGGAGGUUGAUGAUUGGUGCUGACCACUUUAACAGGGACCCGAAGAAAGGGCUAGAGUUUUUACAGGGAACCCAUCUUUUGCCUGAUAAGCUUGAUCCACAAAGUGUGGCAUGCUUUUUCAGGUACACAGCAGGGUUGGAUAAGAACCUUGUUGGCGAUUUUCUCGGAAACCAUGAUGAUUUUUGUGUUCAAGUGCUUCAUGAAUUUGCUCGAACAUUUGAUUUUGAAGACAUGAAUUUGGACACUGCACUUCGAUUGUUCUUGGAAACUUUCCGAUUACCAGGAGAGUCCCAGAAGAUACAGAGGGUUCUUGAGGCUUUCUCGGAGAGAUACUACGAGCAAUCACCCCAUAUUUUGGCGGACAAAGAUGCAGCGCUCUUGUUAUCGUAUUCUCUCAUUAUGCUCAACACUGAUCAGCAUAAUGUGCAAGUUAAAAAGAAGAUGACAGAAGAGGACUUCAUCCGAAAUAAUCGUCAUAUCAAUGCUGGGAAAGACCUCCCACGGGAAUUUCUCUCUGAUCUUUAUCAGUCUAUAUGCAAGAAUGAGAUUAGGACUUCACCUGAGCAAGGUGCUGGGUUCCCAGAAAUGACUCCUAGCCAUUGGAUCGACCUCAUGAAGAAAUCAAAGAAGACUCCACCUUACAUUGUCUGUGAUUCUCAAGCCUUUCUUGAUCACGAUAUGUUUGCUAUCAUGUCGGGUCCAACUAUUGCAGCAAUAUCAGUGGUUUUUGAUCACGCAGAGCAAGAGGAGGUCUUCCAAACUUGUGUUGGUGGGUUCUUGGCAGUGGCAAAAAUCUCAGCUAGCCACCAUCUUGAAGAUGUGCUUGAUGACUUGGUCGUAUCACUAUGCAAAUUCACCACUCUCUUGAACCCUGUUUCAUCGGUUGAGGAGCCUGUUAUUGCCUUUGGAGACGACACAAAAGCCAGGAUGGCAACCAUCACUGUGUUUACUAUAGCAAACAGGUUUGGAGAUUACAUACGCACAGGAUGGAGGAACAUACUUGACUGUAUCUUGAGGCUUCACAAGCUUGGCCUUCUCCCUGCUCGAGUAGCCAGUGAUGCAGCUGAUGAUACUGAGCUGUCUACUGAUCCUAUUCAUGGAAAACCUGUUUCCUCAACUUCUUUGACUGUGUCUCAUAUACCACCCAUUGGAACCCCUCGAAGGUCUUCAGGGUUAAUGGGUCGGUUUAGUCAGCUCUUAUCUCUUGAUGCAGAAGAACCCAGGUCUCAACCAACUGAACAACAACUUGCUGCUCAUCAACGAACUCUCCAAACAAUACAGAAGUGCCACAUUGAUAGCAUUUUCACUGAGUCUAAGUUUUUGCAGGCUGAUUCAUUGCUUCAGCUUGCAAAGGCUUUGAUUUGGGCGGCUGGUAGGCCACAAAAGGGGGGGAGCAGCUCUCCUGAAGAUGAAGAUACAGCAGUGUUUUGCCUUGAGCUACUGAUUGCCAUCACAUUGAACAAUCGAGACAGGAUUGUGCUUCUAUGGCAAGGUGUUUAUGAGCACAUAGCAAGCAUUGUGCAAUCUACAGUUAUGCCCUGUGCUCUUGUGGAAAAGGCUGUAUUUGGUCUUUUGCGCAUUUGCCAAAGGCUUCUCCCCUAUAAGGAAAACCUAGCUGACGAGCUCCUGAGGUCACUGCAAUUGAUAUUGAAGCUUGACGCAAGAGUAGCCGAUGCAUAUUGUGAACAUAUUACGCAAGAUGUGAUGAGAUUGGUAAAGGCAAAUGCAUCUCAUAUUAAGUCUCAAAUGGGGUGGCGAACCAUUUCAUCGCUUCUCUCCAUUACGGCUAGGCACCCUGAGGCCUCUGAACCUGGGUUUGAGGCCCUCACCUUUGUCAUGGCUGAGGGGGCUCAUCUCACAAGGGCUAACUACUCCUUGUGCUUGGAUGCUUCACGCCAGUUUGCUGAAUCAAGAGUUGGGCUUACCGACCGGUCCUUACGAGCCCUUGACCUCAUGGCUGACUCGGUCACAUGCCUAGUGAAGUGGGCUCGUGAGGCCAAGGAGGCGGGCGAAGAUGCUGGUCAAGAAAUAGGGGAAAUGUGGCUUAGGCUUGUGCAAGGGCUUAGGAAAGUGUGUUUAGAACAGAGGGAAGAGGUGAGAAACCAUGCCCUCUCUGCCUUGCAGAGGUGCCUCACUUCCGCUGAAGGGAUGGGACUUGCACCUGCCUUGUGGCUUCAAUGCUUUGAUUUGGUUGUGUUCACGAUGCUUGAUGAUUUGCUCGAGAUUGCUCAGGGCCACUCCCUCAAGGAUUAUCGAAAUAUGGAGGGAACUCUUCGUCUAGCUGUGAAAUUGUUAUCCAAGGUCUUUCUUCAGCUUUUGCACGAGCUUUCUCCACUACCUAACUUUUGUAAAUUGUGGCUUGGUGUUCUUGGUCGAAUGGACAAGUACAUGAAGGCCAAGAUAAGGGGAAAAAAGACAGAGAAACUUCAGGAAGAGGUCCCGGAGUUGCUAAAGAACAUGCUAUUGGUGAUGAAAGCAAAGGGGGUGCUUGUGCAGAGAAGCACUCUUGGUGGUGAUAGUUUAUGGGAGCUUACAUGGCUCCAUGUUAAUGGAAUUGCCCCUUCUUUGCACUCUCAAGUGUUUCCUGAUCAGGAAACGGAGCAAGAGGUUAAGGUGGCUGAUACCCAAAGUCCUUUACAUAGGAGUACUGAUUCUUCUGCGGCGGUCAGUGAUGGUUCUCCGGCUGCUGGAGAAAGUAAUGCAAGAUGAGGUGGCUGGAUCACAAUUUUGAAAUCAAUAUACUGUUUGUCUAGCUCAAUGUAUUCAAAAAUUAGACUUUUGAAGUGAGUUGACAUUGAAGAGGAACCAGUCAUUGCCAUGCUGGAAUUUCUAUUAGGAGCAAACAUGAGGAGGUCAAAUGUAAAUGUAUGUGUGGAUACAGAAGGCUUAUUUUGGUGAAGUCCUUUCUAUCUCCGAGAAAGGAAUGUGCGGUCUUUUUUUGCUGGAAACAAGAAUUCGUCUAGAGAGAGAACCGAUGGAUCUUACGAAACAGGUCUACUAAGAGAAAACAGAUGCAAACUCCUCCCAUAAGAAUCUGAAUGAUGUGGAUUGCCAUGCUAAAUUGGAAGUUGUCGUAGCCAAUUGGAUCAUCUCAUUUGUAAGGUCCUAAUUUGAUUGGAUAUGGGGCCUAAUGCUUAGGUUUGUGCUCUUGGGGAACAAAGAGAGCAGAUAUCACAAUAGUGAAAAGAGGUUUGGAUUGGGUUUUUCUGUUUAAAUGUACGCUUAAUUUCUUAUUUACGUUCUUUCGCCUCUUAAUCUUGUCAAAAAGGAAAAGAAAAGGAAAAAAAUACCGAAAGACCACCCAAGGAAUGUUCUGUGAACUUAUAGUGAACUUAGUCAUCUUGUUUGUUUGUUUGGGUGAAGUUUAUAUAAGGCGCCCUCCUUAUAAGCA